AUGGCAGAUAAAAGUACAGCAACCACUCAAUCUGCCGAAACCGGUGGCCCUCCAGGGUCAUCGAGUUCCAUGAAAAGGCAUUCAAAACGCGCAACGACCAAGCCCAACCCCACAAGACGGUCCCGUGUUGCCCAGCUCAGGUCCAAAAGCAAGACUAGACGCCCGUCGUCGCGCUCCCUGCUCUCGGGUGCCGACUUGGAUUCAGAUACCGUUCUCAGUCGGUCCGUCUCUCUUUCCGCCUCGGCCUCGCAUGCGGGCUCUACGCCCAGUUCGCCCACCGCCACCGCCACUACCAGCCCCAAUGCUUCUGCCUCUGCUUCUGCCUCUGCUUCGUCUGAAGAGGAAGGCAAAGGCGAAGACGAAGACGAAGACGAAGACGGCCACCACGAGUCUCGUCAGCUCAGUCUCCACGAACUCGGGAAGCGGGCCAAAGAUGCCCAGGAAGACUUUUCUAACGAUGAUUCCCUCUUUGAAGAUGCCAUCAAUGGUCUUCCCGAGGCCACUUUUACCCAUGGCGACCCCGACGUUUGCCAACCCGCCGAAGCUUAUAUGCUUCGCCAGCUGCUCCGAUCUGUCGGUCCGCGCGAGUUCUGCCUGAAGACCGUCGACUCGGGCCGCUACACGCCCAAGAAGCUCCUCACCGCGUUUGGCAUCAAAGCCCCGGCCUUCCUCGAAGACGAACCCGACGCGGCUGCGAACGAAUGCGCUUACCUGAGCCUGCUGACCCUCGCCAUCAGCCGCGAGCUGUCCAAGCGAGCUAAGCUCCCCCAGUACAACUCCCUCGACGACGCCGUCAACCUCCUCCGCACGAGCCAGAACAUCAUGGUCAUCACCGGCGCCGGCAUCUCUACCUCGCUCGGCAUCCCCGAUUUCCGCUCCAAGGGCACCGGUCUUUACUCCAAACUGGAACGCAUGGGCCUGCAGCUGUCCGACCCGCAGGAAGCCUUCGACAUUACCAUGUUCCGCGAGGAUCCCACCGUCUUUUAUACCGUCGCCAAGGAGAUCAUCGUGAAGAUCAACCGCCAUUCUCCCACCCACGCCUUCAUCGCCAUGCUGGACCGCAUGGGCAAGCUGCUUACCAACUACUCGCAGAACAUCGACAACAUCGAAGAACUGGCCGGUGUGUCGCCCGACCGCCUCAUUCAGUGCCACGGCUCCUUCGCCACAGCCACCUGCCUCAGCUGCGGCUACCGCUGCAACGGCGAGGUCAUUUUCCCGGACAUUCGCGAGAAACGCAUCCCCCGCUGCCCCGAAUGCCUAAAACGGUACCAAAAAGACCAGAAACAACAACAGCAGCGUGGCCAGCACAAACGCCACCACAAGUCCUCCCGGGCCAGUCUCUUGAAGCGGAAACGCUCCGACAAUGGCGAUACCUCGGUUGCGUCCCCCUCCGCCGCCGGUACUACUGGUAAUGCCGGUACUUCCGGUACUUCCGGUACUUCCGCCACUUCUCUCUCCGCCGCACCGCGCAAGCGCCGCCGCAACCGCAACCGCAACAGCUACAACUUCGACUUCGACGACGACGACGAAUCCGACGACGACACCUCGGCCGCCGACCUCGCCUUCGACCACCCCGCCGGCAUCAUGAAGCCCGACAUCAUCUUCUUCGGCGAAGGUCUCCCCGACGCCUUCGGCGACCGCCUGGCCCACCACGACCGGGACAAGGUGGACCUGGUCCUCGUCAUCGGCACCAGCAUGAAAGUCACCCCCGUCUCCGAGAUCGUCUCCUGGCUCCCGCCCCACGUCCCCCAGAUCUGCAUCUCCCUCGAGCCCAUCACCCACAUCAACUUCGACAUCGACCUCAUAGGGGAGUGCGACGUCGUCGCCGCCGAGCUUUGCCGUCGUGCCGGCUGGCCUUUCCACCACGAGAUGGUCCCCGAGGACCAAGUCGUCCGUAUCGAGCCGGAGCCGGGCUUCCCUCAUCGCCACCGAUUUACGCAGGCGCAUCCUCCCCGAUUGCCCAAGAAGGAGGAUCGCGGGGAUGAAAGCGACGGCCAAGACAGAGUGAAGGAAGAGGUCGACGAGCAGGAGCAGGAGCAGGAGCAGGAGCAGGAGCAGGAGGAGAAGAUGACCAAGAAGAAGAAAGGGAAGACGGGGGACGAAGGGAGAGAGGGAAGGAUAAGGAUAAGAAGAAGUAAAGCGUCGCUUGGUAAUUGA